AUGGAGAGGGUUGUCGGAAGAAAGUAUAAGAUUGGUCGGAAAAUUGGGAGUGGAUCAUUUGGUGAAAUUCAUAUUGGGUCGCAUAUGGAGACCUCUGAGAUUGUGGCCGUCAAGAUGGAGAACAGGACAACCAAACAUCCGCAACUACUGUUUGAGGCCAAGUUAUAUAAUAUUCUUCGAGGAGGAAGUGGUAUUCCAAGUAUGAAAUGGUUUGGUACUGAGGGAGACAAUAAUGUUCUAGUUCUUGAACUUCUGGGACCGAGUCUUGAAGACCUUUUCUUCUUCUGUGGGAAGAAAUUUUCACUAAAAGCAGUUUUGAUGUUGGCUGAUCAGAUGCUUACGAGGAUAGAGCUUUUGCAUUCCAAGGGAUUUUUGCAUAGAGACAUCAAACCAGAUAACUUCCUUAUGGGUCUUGGGAGGAAAGCAAACCAGGUUUAUAUGAUUGAUUUUGGACUUGCCAAAGAAUAUAUGGACCCUAACACAAACAAGCAUAUCCCUUACAGGUAUAAAAAUGUUAAUGUAACAUCCCCGUCUCGAGCCGGUUCAAUUAACAUA